AUGAAGUACAAGACCCACUUUCAAAAUCACACCAACUGGACUAUUGCACUGGAUCGCGGCUACUUGGAUAUUUUAGAUGACGAUGACAUUGCAGAUGAUGCUUUCAUCCUUGAUGCAAAGUAUGAAGCAACAACUGGAGCUGAAGUUGCUUCCAAGCAAGUCCACUUGACAAAACAACAACAACAUCAAUUGGCAACUGCAUUGGAAAAUACACAAGAGCUUUUUGAUGGCAACCUUGGACACUACAAACACAAGAAGAUCCAUUUGCAAGUUGAAGACGGUGCCGUCCCAAUUCAUUCUAAAGCCUAUUCCGUUCCUGUGAAACACCAACACGCUUUUCUCGAGGAACUUCGGCAUUUGGAAUCAACCAACGUACUCAAGCAAUGUGGUCCAACUGAAUAG